CCGACAUAUUUAGUUGUCGGCGCAGGGCUCUGCACAUAACACUAACAACAACGUGAAAUUGUUAAUAUUUCAAUUCUUCUCAAAAAUAAACAAAAAAUAUGGACAAUUUAGAUAAUAAUAAUCAAUUAAUAGAGGAUGUAUUUACCACAAGUGAAAAAUCACUAACUGAUGAUGAAAAACAAAAGCUUACGGAACAAAAUAAACGAUUAAUACCCGAAUUUAAGGCACGUCAACUAGAGGCGCAGGCACAAAAACAUUGGGAUCUUUUCUAUAAGCGUAAUGAAACACGUUUCUUUAAGGAUAGACGAUGGACAACACGGGAGUUCCAAGAACUAAUACAAGAAGAUGUGGAUGCAUCCAGUUUACAGGGAUGUAGAAAACUUUUAGAAGUUGGCUGUGGUGUUGGCAAUUUUGUGUACCCACUAAUGGAGGAACUGGAAGCAUUGGGUCAGUUAAACAACUACUUCUAUGCCUGUGAUUUUUCACCACGUGCUGUAGAGUUUGUACGUUCCAAUCCUAAGUAUGAUGAAAAUAAAAUUAAAGCAUUUCAAUGUGACAUUACCACGCAAACCAUACAUGACAAUAUUCCCGCCGAGAGUUUAGAUAUAAUAUCUAUGAUUUUUGUUUUAUCCGCCAUAACACCGGAAAAAUUUGACACUGUUAUCAAAAACUUAUAUAAAGUUUUAAAGUCUGGUGGUAUUGUGCUCUUCCGAGAUUAUGGACGUUAUGACAUGGCUCAGUUAAGAUUUAAAUCGGGACAUAAAAUUGCGGAAAAUUUCUACAUGCGUCAGGAUGGCACAAGAAGUUAUUAUUUUGCUGAACAGGAAUUGGCGAACUUGUUUAGGGAUAAUGGUUUCGAGAUAUUAAGUAAUUGUUAUGUUCAUCGUCGUACAUUGAAUGUAAAGGAGGGUAUUGAUGUUCCUAGAAUAUUUUUACAGGGUAAAUUUAGGAAAUUGUAAGUUUAGUGUUUCUAAAUAAAUGUUCUUUUUUGGGUACAACAAUUAGGUGUUUUCUUUCAUUAUUUAAAUUGAGAAAUUGUAUCAUUAAUUAAGUGCUAAUUCUGUCAAAGAUUAGCAAAUAUUAUUCAUAAAAUAUGUAUUUAUUUCAAUCGUACACGGACUGGGAAUCAAUGCGUAUUACCACAAAUUGUGGUAGAUAUUUAUUUUAUCUAUAAAUAUCGAGCCCAUUUCGCAGAACACGACAAAAUCUACAUUUUACCACAGAGCAUUUUUUCGAUCGAAAAAAUUAUAAUUCUUAAUUAUUUACUUUGUUAAAUAAAAGAUCCUCAUCUGUCUAUCUAA